GUCGCUCAGAGCUGCUGACUUUUCCAUAAAAAACACCCGAGGAUUAACGACCGGGACCGGGACACCGGGACACCGGGACCGAGGGGACACCGGGACACCGGGACACCGGAACCGAGCCGCGGAGCCUCUACCUGAUUCCUUCGGCGCUGUUCACGUUGCGCCGGCGCUAUGAGCGGGGCAGCGCUCGGGAUCGAGAUCGUGCUGGUGUUCUUCCUGGCACUCUUCCUGCUGCAUCGCUAUGGAGACUUCAAGAAGCAGCAGCGCAUGGUUCUGUUCGGAACGCUGCUGGCCUGGUACCUGUGCUUCCUCAUCGUCUUCAUCUUACCUCUGGACGUCAGCACGACCAUCUACAUGCAGUGUCAGCACGACCAGAGAGAACAUGCUUCCGUCGCCACCAUCAGCCCGGCGCCGUUCAACAACAGGACUCUGAACACGUCCACCAUGCCCACUAAAAGAGCCCCAUCGCCGUGCUAUAAGCCAUGGAGCUACAUCCCUGAAGGCAUCAUGCCCGUGUUCUGGAGGGUGGUCUACUGGACGUCUCAGUGCCUCACAUGGCUGCUGCUGCCCUUCAUGCAGUCAUACGCUCGUUCUGGAGGCUUCUCCAUCACUGGUAAGAUCAAGACAGCCCUCAUCGAGAACGCCAUCUACUACGGGACGUACCUGCUGAUCUUCGGCUCUCUGCUCAUCUACGUGGCCGUUCAUCCUGAGUGGCAUCUGUCUUGGUACGAGCUCCAGACCAUCGGCAUCACGGCGGCCAACACCUGGGGUCUGUUCCUGCUGGUGCUGCUGCUGGGCUACGGCCUGGUGGAGAUACCGCGCUCCUACUGGAACGCCUCCAAACACGGACACCUGCUCAUCAAGACCUACUUCAAGGCGUCCAAGCUGAUGACGGAGAAGGCGGACGCUGAGGAGAACCUGGAGGACGUGAUGGAGGAGGUGAGGAAAGUCAGCGAGGCAAUCAAGUACAACCACCCACUGAGGAAGUACGUGGACACCAUUCUCAGGAAGUGUCCACUAGACUACCAGGAGAAGAUGGGCAGGAAUAUGGAUGACUACGAGGACUUUGAUGACAAACAGAACGUGUAUCCCACUGAGAAGAACCUGGUGAAGCUGCACAAACAGGUGAUCUACGCCGUCCAGAGACACAACAGGACUCGUGUCCAGUGGCAGAUCCUCCUGCAGGAGGCCAUCCGCCUGGAGGACGUGGCCCGGAACGAGACCAGCUCCAACCACCAGUUCGUCCACAGCUUCCCGUCGUCGGAGCCUGCCGGCUGGUUCAGCAGAUACAUCUACACCCCGACCGUAGAGUGGUACUGGGAGUGUCUGCUGAAGCGCUGGUUCUACCGGCUGUUGUCCGUGGUCCUGACCCUGUUCAGCGUGGCCGUGGUUUGGUCCGAGUGCACCUUCUUCAGCACCAGGCCCGUCCUGUCCUUGUUCGCCGUGUUCAUCCAGCUGGCCGAGCACGACUACAACUACCUGUACAUCGAGAUGGCGUGCUUCAUCACCAUCUUCUUCCUGUGCACCUGCGUUUACUCCACGGUGUUCCGGAUCCGGGUCUUCAACUACUACUACCUGGCCUCGCACCACCAGACCGACGCCUACAGCCUGCAGUUCAGCGGCAUGCUCUUCUGCCGUCUGACUCCUCCUCUCUGCCUCAAUUUCCUGGGUCUGAUCCACAUGGACUCGGCCAUCUCCCACCAGGACAAGCUGCAGACGGCGUACACCUCCAUCAUGGGAUCCAUGAGAGUCCUCUACUUUAUCGCCAACGGCUUCUACAUCUAUUACCCCAUGCUGAUCGUCAUCCUCUGUAUCGCCACCUACUUCAGUCUGGGCACGCGCUGCCUCAACCUUCUAGGCUUCCAGCAGUUCAUGGGCGACAACGAGAUGACGUCUGACCUCAUCGACGAAGGAAAAGAGCUGAUUCGAAGAGAGAGAAGAAAGCGGCAGAGGAUCGAGGAUGGAGAGAACCGACGCAGGGAGUGGAAGGAGCGCUACGGAAACCAGAGGGACGACCACUCUGCGAGGAACAGGAGCAGUCACGAGAUGAAGGAGACCACCUACUCCGACUCGGUGAACUCCAGCAGACAGGCCAAGUAUUCCCGCUCCGGGGGCCGGGCCGAGCGGGACUGCAUGGAGCUGCUGCAGGACGCCGAGCCUUUGGACUUCAACGCUGACACUCUGACGGACGACCCACUGGACCCGGACUCUGGCAGACACGCAGGAGGACGGUACCUCUCCAUGUCGUCCUCUCGGAGCCGGAUAUUUGACGACGUCUAACGCGGAGGAGAGCUCUGGCCGGGCAGCUGCAGCACCACUGUCGUCCAUCCACGAGCUCUGCUCCUCCUCCCAGCACCCACAGGAAACCCCGACAGGCCAGUGCGUCAUCUGGACGUCCCCUCCUCGUUGUUGGAGUCCAGCUGCGGGUCCGAGAAGGAUCCUCUCUGCGCUCUGCUUCCAAUGCUGAGGCAACGCAGCCGAUUGUCCUGAACCCUCUGAACGGUGGCGCCGCCACCAUGAGCAUGCUCAUGAAUGUUACUCUCCCUGUUAACGGCAGAUCGGACGAAGGUUCUGGUUUGUUUUAUUUAUAGUUUUUAUUUCACUGUUAUUGUUGACAUUGUGGAUUUAUUUAACUGUAUGAUCGGAUUAUCCUCUCUGAUAACUUGAACUGCACUUGAUCUGAAAUGUCUUGACUACUUGACCUUCAGACGUUCACCUGAAUCACAGCAUCAUUAGAAUGAAGGACUAAAACCGUGUGAUUGCCGUCGUGCUGAAGCUCCUGCUGAAGCUCGUGCUGAAGCUCGUGCUCAAGCUCCCGCUCAAGCUCCUGCUGCAGCUCCUGCUCAAGCUCCUGAUGCAGCUCCUGCUGCAGCUCCUGCUGCAGCUCCUGCUGAAGCUCGUGCUGAAGCUCCCGCUCAAGCUCCCGCUCAAGCUCCCGCUGAAGCUCCCGCUGAAGCUCCCGCUGAAGCUCGUGCUGAAGCUCGUGCUGAAGCUCCUGCCGCAGCUCCCGCCGAAGCUCCCGCCGAAGCUUGCUAUGUGGAGAACAUUAAACUGCUCACACAGAGCAGAUGUGUGGUAAAGAACCUCACCUGUGAUGUGGUGUUGUUUCAGUAUUUUCAGUUUUACCGCUUAGACUGAAUCUUUUCAGACAGGUGUUACAUUUAUUUGACCACAAAUUCUCCUUGAAACAUCUUGAUUUGGUAUUGAUCCCAGGAACAUAUAUAGCAUGCGGAUAAUGUUGUUUUAGCUGAGCAGCUUUUGUGGUUUUCACCAAUUUUAGUGUGAGAAGCCUGAAAAUGAAGCGAUGUGACAACGGGACCCUGAAUAAACUCCACUGCUCGCAGCUUCAGCUGAGCUUCAAGUCAGAACAUCUACUUCACCCAGUCAAAAAAUGUGAUGAUGAGGAGGAAACAGGACUUCUCACAUCUUCAUCAGUUUCCCACCCUGCUGUAUAUAUGUAUAAAUAUGUGUUUUUGUAGUAUAUGGGCUAAAGAAUGAUGUAGAGACUCAUGUGAGUUUGUGUUGAAGCAGAUCUGCUCCUCAGUGACCGCCUUCCUGUCCUGUCUGUGUCUCAUCACACUGGUGACUUUGUGUUUUGGUAUCUGAAUAUUUCCAGGCAGCCCAUUCCUCUCUGAGAACAUGCUGCAGACGUUUCAAAAAUAAACUUCAUCAAAGUGU